AUGGAAAGUAAUACUCCAACUUCCCGAGACGACGAGCCCAGUUCGAGUUCGAAAUCACCCAAGCGUUUCGGAAUGCCAGGUUUCAAGUUCGAAAGUUUAGCAGACAGCCCUAUCAAAGAAGACGACGACGAUGAAGAAGACACUGAGCCAGUAGAAGAAUGCUCCGUAUGCAGAAAUGAAAUUAUGGAUACUUGUACACUCAGCGACUGCACUCAUGAGUUUUGUUACGACUGCAUUAUUGGUUGGCUAACAAAGGGAUCUGGACCAUUCUGCCCCAUGUGCAAAGCUCCUGUGAGUUUCAUCAAACGCAAAGGAGCGGAUCAAGAAAUAAGCGUACAACAAAUAAAAGCCGAACAAGAACCAGAAGCAACAACUUCUGAAGAUCUACUCACUGAGAAGAGAAUUGUGACAAGGAAAAUUCGUGGUUGUCGAAGGAUUAUGAAUAAAAUCGACGAAGUCAUUGGAUCAUCAUCAAGAAACCUUGAAGGGCAACGACGAGAAGCACGGGCUGCAGAAUUGAGAAAGAUGAAACAGCUUUGUGUAUCCCAACUGAAUUCCCUUCAAAUGCUCCGUGACGACAUUGAACACGGAGCCGCUAAGGGGUUGAUUGUAUCUAAAGGGGAGUUCCGAAGACUAGUUUAUGAAAGACAAGUUAUUGUGGAAGGAUUACCACAACAUCAUAGAUCAAUCACAAAGCAGGAGUUCUUAACCAAUAUAGAACAUUAUCGUACAGUUUUGAAUACUUUCCUAUCCGUGGAACUGAAAUCUCUCCCCGCAAAAGUGCAGCCAAAAGUCGAUAAAGAAAACAUGUGGUAUUUCUAUACCCUUCACGAUGCCGCCCCUGACGAUAACGACGAAUUCGUUCAUAGAAUAUUCAGUAUGAUCUCAGAUCAAGGCAUCGACAACUUGAACUCGAAAGACAUCAAUGAAGCACUAAAUGGGCUUGUAACAUGUCGAAAUAUAAUGACUUUCAUUGGCGAGAUCAAAUCUUUGAUAAACAGCAGAAUGACGUUCUUAGAGUGGUGUGGAUCGGUCACAUAUCGAAAUAGGCUUGAUCGAGGAGGGAGAGAAAAUGUUGGAACAGAAGUGGUAACAGUUGACGACACUGUUGACGACGAUGAAGUCGAGCCAGUACGUAACGACAGGCAUUCGCAUUCGAAUUAUAAUUUGCGGAAUCGGCAGUUCCCAGUGUUUACACCGUUUGAUAAAAUUUUCAAUCCAUCUAAUGGUUUUCAACGACAAGCAAUGAAUAACCGACAUCCUUCUUCAUCUGACACCGACCAGGAUGAUGAUAUCUACUUUCAGGCACCGCUUCGCUUGGGUCCAACGGGCGUUAAUCCUUUCAGACCAAUGGCGCAUACAUCAUUUCCGCCUAUACCACCAGCUGGACUUUAUUGGUCUGACUUAACGAACCCAUCUUCAAAACUAACGAGACCUCCCCGAAGCCCCACUUCUGGUACCAGUUCAAAACCAAUUCCUGUUGUCAGUCUUGAUGAUGACGAUGGGGACGAGAGCUCACGACAUAGUAAUAGCAGUGCUGAUGAAGAUAUUCAAGUGGUAGAUGAAAGUGAUGGAACCAUUGUUCUCGAUGAAAGUCUUAGGACUCCAUCCAUACAGGCCCCAACUAAGAGCGGUUUGGGGAAAAGAAAAAGUGAUUUAUCUCAUCAAGAUCUAGAUCAAUGGAAAAGAAUCAAGGUUGAGCCCUUACCACAUGGACUCGUGCAAGAUGUUCAGAGCUUGAUUACCAAGUACCGUAUUCCAACGGAUCGAGCAGCGAGCAUGAUUCAAUCCGCAACUGAACAAGCAAUUAUAUCAAUUCCUGCUCCCGAGCCAGUGGACUUGUUAUCUUCCACGAAAAAUACAAAUGAGCCAUCCAAUUCCGCUACUUCACCCAACCUUCAACCUGAUGAGGCUCUACAGCUUGCUGGAUAUUUGGCUCGAAAUGGUCUCGGCUCCUGGUCAAAAAAUGCGCCGACGAAACCAACCAGCCCAUACAAUCACUAA